UCUCUCUCUCUCUCUCUCUGGGUUGCACUUCCUUUCAAACUUAUAUAUGCAUAUUUUAAGUACAUGAAAUUGACAAAGAGGUACAAAAAUCCUUUCUUUUCAACAACAUCAUUCAUAAGUAUCCAGUUCAACAUAUCCUUCUUGUUCUUUCUUUCUUUCAAACCGAGGGAAAGUAGGACUAGGUAGAGUUAACACCAUAUCGAAGAACCACAAGAGCAGCAGAAGAAGCAGAAAAGGAGGAGAAGGAAGAGGCAUCAAAUAGAAGCAACAGAGGAUGGUGAUGAUUAUCGGUGGAAGGUUUAACUAUGGUUUAAUAGUUUUCCUGAUCCUAUUGGGUCAUUUCUUCUGUUCAGGUCUGAAGGUGAGAAUCAAAGAACAAAGCCAUGAAGACAAACAGCUACACAUUACCACUUCAAUUUCCACAACCCAGAAUGACAUCACUACUCCAAUAACCACAGUUCCUACAAUAACUCCCACCACUACCACUUCAUCGACACCGAUUAUGAACCCUACUUCCACACCAGAUUCAACCUCUCCAGUUACUAUAACCCCCUCUUAUAGUACCACAACAUCAUCUACUUCUGCAAGUUGGUGUGUUGCUAGCCCAAGUGCAUCAAAAAUGGCAUUACAAGUUGCAUUGGACUAUGCUUGCGGCUAUGGUGGCACUGAUUGUUCAGAGAUUCAGCUUGGUCGAAGUUGUUACAACCCCAGCACUGUCCGAGACCAUGCUUCUUUUGCAUUCAAUAAUUUUUAUCAGAAAAAUCCAGUUCCAAAUAGCUGCAAUUUUGGUGGCACUGCUGUCAUCACCAACACUGAUCCUAGUACUGGGACAUGUCAAUAUCCAUCCACAAGCACAAGUUCAUCGGUUCUGAACACAACAAAUUCAAGUGGAUCGACUGUUUUCGGUGCGGUACCUUCUGGUCCUUCUACCUCUUCAGCAGCUGCUGCUGCAAGAAAGUUGCGUAGCCUGCAAAACUUGUUCACUAUGAUGUCUCUGAUGGUGGUUCUAAUUGAUUAAAAAGCUCAGGUGUUUGAUUUGGGGGAUAGUAUGUAGCAUAUAUAUGGGGAGGCACGCAUUUAAAAAUUAAAAUGGCUUACUGCAUUCAGAUGACUUUUGCAAUGGAUAUAUCAAUAUCUUUUCUUAUUGAUGAGACCUUAGAAAAGGGUUGCUUCUAGAGGUAGCUAUGUAGCAGCUACCAGACCAAAAGAAAUUCUUGUAAUUCCCAAUAAAUUUUGACAGGAACUUAUUGAUACAUUGUACAGUAGUGAACAAUGGGCUUGGGCAUUUCUCUGUUGGUUCUGGAUCUGGGUCUGUCUGUAGAAGCAGAACUUAUGUGUGUAGUAUUUGCCU